AUGAGGUAUAUUAUACUGACUCUGACCCUCUGGCUGGGAAAUAUUGUUGCCGAGCCUCAGCCAAGCGAUAUACCGAACUGGCUUAAGAAUUACAACUUCAAUCCUCCUGGAGAAUGCAAUUCUAAUCCUGCGGGUCCGUUGAACCCCCGGGAAACAGAUUUCACGUGCCCUCUCCUUGUUGAUGAUGAGACCGCGUUUGAAAGGCGUUCAUGGCUGCCUUGGACAUUUCCUCCGGUAUGCGCGGAGCCUGAGAAACAGGGUAGCUCAAAGUUGUGCGUGUUCACUUAUAUCAACCUUAGAGGAGAGGUAGGAAUCAGUCUCGUCACCACACCGGAGAUUGCUGCCGGUGGUGUUGGUAUUCUUGGAGACCCGGACCCAUUGUGGGAUAACUGGGCGAGAGGCCGUCCACUUGUCGUAUCCGAUCCACCUCCGUACGAGGUCAGGGAUCUAGAGGACAAGGGCAUGGGAGUUAUUGCGAACCGUACGAUUCGUAAGGAUGAGGUCGUGUUGUUGAGAUAUCCGGUCAUCCUUCGGAUAAUGGAUUACAGACCAUGGAACACCCAGGACGUGAUGAAAUUGCUUCAUCGAGCUGCUGUUCAAUUACCGCAAAAAGAGGGAAUGCAGAUGUUGAAGCUGGCCCAUUCUAAAGGAGGCUACAUCGUUGAGGAUAUUAUCAACACAAAUGCAUUUGGUGUGCUGCUGAACAGUGCGGAUCAUUCGGGUUUAUACCUUGACGUGUCGAGGCUAAACCAUGCUUGUAAACCAAAUAUGUACAGUCGGUUCUCAUCGACUACACUAGGAAUGGAGGUUGUGGCAUAUAGAGAUAUUGAGCCGGGCGAGGAACUAACGUUUAGCUACCUGCCAUUGAAUCUCCUAUCAGAGCAACGUCAAACUCUCAUCAAGGAAUGGGGCUUCAACUGCACAUGCUCACUAUGCACCUCCCCCGAAGCCUCAGCAGCCUCAGACCGCCAUCGGAGUCGCCUGCAAGAACUACUAGCAGAGCUAGAUCUCCCCGAGAUACGGAACCGUGCGGCUGUCAGCAAGAGAGUCGACGAGAUACUAGAUUUGUGCGAGAAAGAGUCGCUGCAGGCUCAAGUCGGCGACUUUUACACCAUCGUCGCGGAAGUCUACUCCGGUAUGGGCGACGUGGAUUUGGCGAGGAAAUAUGCUAAGCUGGCGAUUGAGGAAUUGUCGCAUUAUGCUGGGUAUGAUCAUGAGCGUACUAGGAGUGCUGUUGCUUUCUUGGAGGUUUUGGAUGGAUGA